UAUCCGUCUGUCGAUGGUCGUAAAUCACAUACUUUGCAGGACUCUGAAACGCAGCAGCUCGACAGUGCGCUUACAGAAGUUGAGAUGGACCAACAACUUCGUCCAAAACUCAUCGACUUCCAUGGAGUCUCCAUGAGCAAGUACUUCACCGACAACUGGGACGACAUACAAAACUUCCAGGCCAGACCAGAUGAUGUUGUUAUAGUUACUUAUCCUAAAGCAGGGACCACAUGGGUCUCUCAAAUCCUGGACCUGCUGUAUUUUGGGAAGACGAGUCCGGAGCGGCAGAAAACCAUCCCAAUUUAUGACAGAGUGCCCUUCCUGGAGAUCUUCAUACCCUCUCAUCCAAAAGGGACAGAGCUGGCAGACCAACUCACCACCUCUCCUCGUCUGAUUAAAACUCAUCUGCCAGUCCAGUUUUUACCCAAGUCCUUCUGGGAGCAGAACUGCAGGAUCAUCUGUGUUGUCCGAAAUGCUAAGGACUGUGCAGUGUCCUAUUAUCACUUUCACCGUAUGAACAAUAUCCAGCCAGAACCAGGAGACUGGAGCACGUUUCUGAAGGAUUUCAUGGAUGGGAAGGUGGUGUUCGGGUCGUGGUAUGACCAUGUGAACAGCUGGUUGGAGAAGAAAGAGACUUAUUCGAAACUGUAUGUGGUCUUCUACGAAGAUCUGGUCGAGGAUUCUGGACGAGAGCUCGACCACCUCUGUUCCUUCCUUGGUUUGUGUCCUUCGCCGGAGGAGAAAGAAAGUGUCCUGACCAAAAUGACCUUUGAAAAUAUGAAGAAAGACAAAAUGGCCAACUAUUCCACUCUCACAGUCAUGGAUCAAAAGGUGUCUCCGUUCAUGAGAAAAGGGAAAGUUGGCGACUGGAAGAACCUCUUCACCGUGGCCCAGAAUGAAGAGUUUGAUGAAGACUACAAGGAAAAGAUGAAGAACUCCACCAUCAAGUUUCGCACUGAGCUUUAGAUUGAGCUGUGCUGAAUUACAAAGAUGCAGUUACCGCAUAUUACCACUAAAACACACCAAAGCACCAUUCUCAUGCCUGAUAGGGUAUACUAGACAUAGGGUAUACUAGAGUCUGAGCAAGUUAUUUUUAUAUCAUUUCAAAUAAUGAGGAAGUUGUCUGUCGCCUGAUUUACAUACAUUUAUCAAAUGUCGUAUAUAAUAUAGUUUUACUGUAUAAUGUUUGCCUAGUGUAUCUGUAGUGCACGUAUGAUUCCUACUGUUCACAUUGAUGUGUCAUCAAAAUCAUAUAAUGUCAGAUUUUAAUUUUUUAGUGCCUAUAAUCAUUAAUCACCAUGGUUUAUUCCAGGGUCUGGUAGCUGCAGUGUAAGCUUGUGUGAGCUGCCUGCUUCACCCCACAGUGCUCACAGUGCCUGACCAAUAUAUUGGUCGACCUCUAGUCUUCUCGGCAUCCCCGGCCAAUCAAAUGACAUUGUGAAGGCGGUCGUUCAAAAUCAAUCCUCUCGUGUCCAAUCCUGUAGCAACAAUUACUGUAACACUAACGACGCCUGUGACUUAUGUAAAUAGCUUAUCCCUGUAAGUAUUAACUGAAUGAGCCUUUAUUCCUGCAAUUAAUUACCCUAAUAAAAUUGCUGUGUCAUAAGAAGUAUA